AUGUUAGAACGAACGCUCUCCUCCCGCCGCGGCAACUCCCACGGCGAAGGCGACGAAGACAUUUUCAACGACGACGAAUCCAAGACGAAGAAGCAACAAUACAUCCUCUUUCGCUUUACCAACAGAUUUUCAACCUACCUUUCCCGAACUGGUAGCCAGUGCGUGCCGUGUGUCGUUAUUGCAUUGAUUCUUUUCUUGAGUUUCUCGUUCUUCUUCACCUCUCGCAACUUCGUCUGCAUCUCGUCUUCAUCUUUCUUCAAACCCGCUGCUCGCGCUGCUUUCUUUGGUCUCGAUGGUCUCGACUCCGAUUUCGGAGUGCUCGGCGUGCCCUGCUGCAGAUCGAAACAUGGUAAAACUGUAGAAUGGACAUCAAAAGACCUGCUUAAGGGGCUGGAAGAGUUUGUUCCUAUAUAUGAGACACGGCCAAUCAAAAACAACAUGUAUGGGAUGGGUUUAGACCACAGCUUUGGACUUUGGUUUAUUGCCCGGUGGCUGAAACCAGAUUUGAUGAUCGAGAGUGGUGCUUUUAAAGGACAUUCAACUUGGGUUUUGCGGCAAGCUAUGCCUGACACGCAUAUUAUUUCUAUUACACCCAGGCAUCCAGAAAAGUAUCUAAAAAAGGGACCAGCUUAUGUUGAUGGUAACUGUACAUAUUUUGCUGGAAAGGACUUUGUGGAUUUUGGGAGUAUUGAUUGGCCAACAGUGAUGAGCAAACAAGGGAUUACAGACCUUAGUCGGGUUCUUAUAUUUUUUGACGACCACCAAAAUGAAUUGAAAAGAAUCGAACAAGCUCUGAAAGCUGGGUUCCGACAUCUUGUUUUUGAGGAUAACUAUGACACUGGUACUGGUGAUCAUUACUCACUGAGGCAGAUAUGUGAUCAAUUUUAUAUACGAGGUGGGGGACACAGUUGCUUUAAAGACAGUGACGAAGCUAGGAUCAGGUCAAAAAGGAAGAAAUUCUGGGAGAAAGCAGUUGAUAUCGACGAACUAUGUGGACCAGGGGAAGCAUGGUGGGGAGUUAGAGGGUACAUGCGCGACAACUUCAAUCACAGUAAUAAGCCAAUAUCUUACGCACAACACGUCCAGAAUAGCCGGUAUGUUGAAUCUAUUCUUGAUGUGUACUGGGAACUCCCACCGGUUGCUGGUCCUUCCCUAACUCAUCAAACCAGAUAUGAUCCCGCGCGUGCUCCCAUUCCUAUUGUGGAAGAUGGGCGAUAUGGUUUGUUCCAGCGGCUUGGUUUGGGUAAACUUGACAACUCUGUAUUUAAUGGAUACACUCAGAUGGUUUAUUUACAGAUAUCUGAACAAUAA